UUUCAGUCGCUGUUGGUUGCUACUAGCCCCGGCUAACAUUCAGAGGGCGUCCUUCUCUCUCUCCACACACAAACAAACAACCAAACAAUAACAUGCCACGAAUAUAAAUGAAGACAUUUGAAGGAGCGAGGAGCGGAUUCAGUUUUCCUCCCAGCUGAAGUUUGACCACAUCACUGUGACCUCAGACUUUUGGAGCAACACGUUAUUGGAGGCUAACUUGAACAUACAAGAUCUGUUGCUACAGCACGUUUGGCACUAAGAGGAAAAUUUAGAACAAUCAUGAGCACCCAUGAGUCAGACGUGCACACCUUCUCUCCGGAGCUGCCUGCCAUGUUUGAUGGCAUGAAGCUUGCAGCGGUGGCCACAGUUCUUUAUGUCAUUGUCCGCUGCUUGAACCUCAAGAGCCCCACCGCUCCCCCGGACCUCACGUACCAGGACACUCCCCUCAGCCGCUUCCUUCUCAAGUCCUGUCCCCAGCUGACCAAAGAAUACAUUCCUCCCCUGCUAUGGGGUAAGAGUGGUCACCUCCAGACAGCACUGUAUGGUAAACUUGGACGGGUAAGUGCUCCUCACCCAUGUGGAAUCAGGAAGUAUUUACCCAUGCAGGAUGGAGCCACUGCAACAUUUGACCUUUUUGAGCCACAGGGGAACCAUCGACUAGGAGAUGACAUCACCAUGGUGAUAUGCCCUGGUAUUGGUAACCACAGUGAGAAGCAUUACAUCAGAACAUUUGUGGAUUAUGCACAGAAGGAAGGUUAUCGCUGUGCUGUGUUAAACCACCUGGGAGCUCUUCCCAACAUUGAGCUCACGUCUCCACGAAUGUUCACUUACGGAUGCACAUGGGAGUUCGCAGCCAUGGUGGGUUAUAUUAAGCGGGCAUAUGCUCAGACCCAGCUGAUUGUGGUUGGCUUCAGUCUGGGUGGAAACAUAGUUUGCAAGUUCCUGGGGGAGAACAAGAUGAACCAGGAGCGAGUGCUGUGUUGUGUCAGCGUUUGCCAGGGUUACAGUGCUCUCAGGGCCCAGGAAACAUUCCUACAGUGGGAUCAGUUCAGACGCUUCUAUAACUUUCUCAUGGCUGACAACAUGAAGAAAAUCAUCCUCUCCCACAGACACAGUCUGUUUGGAGGAAGCUCAGGUCAAAUGUUGUUUGCAGAUCUUGGUCGGCUAUUCACAGCAACAUCCCUCAUGCAGAUUGAUGAAAGCAUCAUGAGGAAAUUCCAUGGCCACAGCUCUCUCAAAGAGUACUAUGAGAAGGAGAGCUGUGUUCAUUAUAUUCACAAUGUAAAUGUGCCACUGCUGCUGGUGAACUCUGCAGAUGAUCCUCUGGUUCACGACUCUCUGCUUAAAAUCCCUCACACAUUAGCUGCAAAGAAGUCGAAUGUGAUCUUUGCCCUGACGCUACACGGAGGCCACCUGGGCUUCUUCGAAGGUGCCGUGCUCUUCCCCCAGCCGCUCACCUGGAUGGACAAAGUGAUCGUGGGUUACGCCAAUGCCAUUUGCCAGUGGGAGAAACAGAAACCGCCGUGCCAAAGUAGUGAGAGCUCCUGAGCAGAGGGGAUGGGGGGG